AUGCCAAGUGCGGACCUAAACGACAUGGAAGACAGACAAAUAUGGCAGCCAUUACAUCCAGACGUCCGCCAACGUUUAGAUCCUCAAUACGUCAAGCUUCACGAUGAGGUUCUCCAAUAUAUCAAGCCGGAUGAACAGAGAGAGUGGGACGGAACCCGUCGACUAGGAACCUACGGCCUGCCCAGGAAUUCGGUCAAGCCCAUCUUAGUAGGCAGUGAUCAAAUCAUGACAAUCCCGGACACGAACCUCAGGGUCAGGAUCUUUACACCCAGCACCGACAGAGAUAUGGAAAGGCAUGCCGAAGGCUGGCCAGUCUUUCUCUGGUUUCACGGAGGUGGGCAUGCGCUGGGAGAUCUGGACAGCGACGAGGAGGUCUUGACGCGGAUAUGCGAGUAUGCUCAGUGUAUUGUCUGUAAUGUGGAGUAUCGCCUUGCGCCAGAACAUCCGUACCCAGCGGCCAUCGACGACUGCGUCGCGGCGUUGCAGUGGCUCGUCCGACCUGACGGUGGCGUCAAAGAACUCGGCUUAGACAGGACCAAAGUGGCCAUAGGCGGCGCCUCGGCCGGAGGCCAUCUAACAAUUGCAACACUACUCCGGUGUGCGCAGGAAAACAACCCCCCUGAUCUCAACAUCAUCAAACAGGUGCUAGUCGUCCCCGUGAUUGACAACACAGCUACCCCUGAAAACGGCCCGUUUUGGUGCUCAAAAGCAGACACCGCACCUUGGCUCACGCCUUCUCGCAUGCUUUGGUACCGAAAUAUGUGGCUGCACAGUCAAGAGCAAUGCGAGGAGUGGCAGGCCAGCGUGAACAGGGCACCGCUUGACUUGCUCGCCCGGUUGCCGCCUGCUUUUAUGGCUGUUGCUGGUGAGGACUUGCUCUGCCCUGAAGCUCUCGACUUUGCCGAAAAGAUAAGGGCUGCUGGAGUUGAUGUUGAAGUGAAGGAGUUUGAUGGAUGCACACAUGCCUUGCUUGGAUAUAGUGGUGAGUCCCCUUCGUUAGGACCUUGA